AUGGGUUCUGGCGGUAGAAGACAGGAGGCCAUCAACGAUGACGAAGAGAUCGCACUGGAAGGUGAUCCUCAGGCGAAGCCUCCACAGGGUCGACCCGCGUCAGAGAGUGCAGCCUGGGACUAUGUAUACGGACUACUGGAGAAACACGAUAGAGAGAUGAUCAAGCAAUACUCGGAAAGUAUUGACAACCUGCUCAUAUUCGCCAGUUUAUUUUCUGCGGUCCUCUCGACGUUCCUAUUUGAAGCCUACGACAACAAUCGACUCACUGUUCAACUGCUCUACAACGAACCGCUGCAACUCCAGCAGAUGUCGACGAGUCAGAUUGCACCUGCGUCUUUCGAUCCUCUCAGUGCUCUGUUCCGAGUCAACUCUAAACUUGGACGAGGUCAACGUCGUCUGGCUCCUAAGCCUCACCCUCACCGUCUCUUCCUCUCUCACGCUAUCCAGCUGCGAACGAUCCGCUACGAUGCCUUCCUGCUGUGGAAGGUCCCCGUAAUCGUAUACAAAUCGCCGUCGUUCUAUUCUUCGCGAGGCUUGUCAUCCUGCCAUGGCCGAUCAUCACCGCCGUUUCUGAAUCACUCUGCAUCGCCUCCGGGGUUACCAUGGUCUUAG